CCACAUACACGCUGUAUUAAUAACACCCGUUACCAGGAAUGCACUCGCCCUCAGCUCGUACGUACUACGUUAACGUAUCUCAUGCAAUUUUAGCAGAUAUCAGCUCAGUCAUCAAAGUGGGUUAGUCAGUUGUAACUGUCCUCGUCGUUGGAGAGGCUGGACUUACUAUGACAUACACAUAUGCAGGUCUGUAAAAAAUAAAAUAGCCGAGAAGAAGGGGAGAUAAUUAUACUAAAUGUACGCUAGGCGCCGAACAUCAAUUUUCUCCGCUACGACCAAUUUCAGCUGACAUUAUAUAUCGCGUUCCUGUCGGUUGUCACUCGCCUUGUACAGCGGUCGUCCCGCCCUGGAAUUUAACGUGUAAAUGCCGUGCCCUUCCACGUGACAUUAGCCAUCAGCCACUGGAGCAGGGAUGCGGGGAGGCGUCAGUAUAUUGUUGUAUCUCCUAAUGACUGUGGGGGUCGGGGAGGGUCGCCAUAUAUUCCUGACCCCCCGGGUCGCACUCGCAAGGACAGUUGUUGUGGUCAUUCUUCCGGAGGCUGGAGUGGACAAUAGUCUGUACAAACAGUUUGGAGAGACAAUCCAGAAGAAGAGUCCAUACCGAACGUGGUCAGUGCUAGCAGACCUCCACGGAAAGGCGGCACGUCUCGAGGACAUUCCGGCAAUCGUGUGGAGCGUUAGGGAUAGACUACGAGAGGAAGGAUUGAAUGGGGGCGCAUAUGACCUCUUCCUUGCUGGACAUGGCACAUCCGGUUUCCCAGUACAGUUGUAUGCAAGUAUUUACCCAGCGGAAGUGGACGGUAUCCUGCUCUAUAACUCAUACCUGCGGCAGGGCCAGAUGGUCACAUUCCCAGUUCCGAUUCUCACAAUCUCAGGGGAUCUAGACGGAGUCAACAGAAUCACACAUAUUGCCGACAUGUUGAUAGACAAUAUUAAUGUUGGCGAUGGUAAUGACGAGGAAUCCUUGCUACAGAGGAGUCCAAUUGUUGUUUUAGAAGGGGUCAAUCAUGGGUCACUUAUCACAGGCGAACUUCCGGAAAAUUUAAAGAUGGCCGACGUUUAUUCGGAUCUACCGAUAGAUAGAGCAAUAGAUACAAUAUCACAAAUUACAUCGACAUUCCUGGUGAAAACUGUUGAUCAGGACAGUUCGAGCAUGUCAUCAUUGCUGAAAGCAUCGCGGAAAACAUUAACACUACUGCAGCCAAUUAUGGAUAUUAAGAGGAUGACCUUAGAUUCGACCUUGAAGUCAACGUGGGUGACGUAUGCUCAGAUCUGGUUGUCAGGGAUACUGGGGCCCGAUUCUGCGAAGAUACAUGUGCAGAGCUACGUGAACAGGAACCUUGAACCCGCUUUGAUGGAACAGCUGGAUGGUAGUGUAACUAUAUUCACCUUCUCUGAAAUGGUGUACUCAGACGAUGGCGUCAGGGAUGACGACAUGCCCCCUGCUACUCCUAAACUACUGGAAAUUAAAUCAAAGUUAUUUAAUGCCCAGCGGUUACAGACUGUCCUAUCUAAUACCUCUGGAAAUGGGAACAUCAAGACUUGCCGAGACAUCAAUUAUGCAUCGUUUGUUUACACCUACAAUUCGGCUCAAAAUAUUACAAGAAAGCGAUUUGACGAGACUCACUCCGGUAUCAUGUUCCAUGAUGACAUCGUGGCAAGAUCAAAACCCGAAUGGGAACAGCAGCCACUAGUUGUGGAGCACCGGGACAACGUUCUGCACGUGACUUCGGUGUCAUGGACGUCACCCAUCCCUGCCGAGGGGAUUGUUUACUGUAAAUUGCUUCCACCUCCUCGUAUAGUGGAAUGGAUGUAUGUGGACUCUUUACUAUGAAAAUGUACUCUUUAAAACUUUGUAAAGUAGUAUUUUCACUGCUGAUAACAUUCUUACCUUAUUUACGUUAAUUACUUACGUCAUUUAUUUUCGACAGGAUUGGACUAUCGUAUCUGUCAGAGAAGGUCUGAUAUGUCUUAUCAGUAUCUGGCAUAAUACUUUUUCAACAGAUGCAAAGGCAAAUACAGUACAACCAUCUAAUUCGUGAUCGGCAGAAAUCCAUGUCUUGCACUCCUUCGGAACAACUCAGACGAGCUUUUCUAUAAGCGGCCUGAAUUGUUGAGAAUGUAUUUUGCGGCGGUGGAUACAGUUAUGUAUCGUACAAUGUGUAUAUGUACAGCAUGUCUUUGUAGAAUACAUGUUUCUGAGUGGAUCGUGUCCUUUUUUAACAAAUGUGUAAAUGUGUGAUGUACAUGUAGUUGUCAUUGGAAUAAAAGUUGUGUUUUGUAUU